AUGAAAUAUAUAAAUAGAGUACUAAAAUCGAAUAUAGUCAGGUUUCUAAUUAUAAUUCUCUUUAGUUUAUUAUUCUUUAAUCAAUACUCGACAUUAAUUGAUAUGUUUUUAGGAAAAUAUUUAGCCAAAACACCCCAAGUUUCACAAAAUAUCAGAUAUUUUGUUACAAAGAAUCCUAUAAAAUUUACUUUGAAUAACGAAUUAUUGAAAAGAAAACUUACUAAUUCAAAGUUAUCAAAUUUAAAUUUAAGUAAUUAUUCUAAACAGUAUUCAACAGGCAAUAUUAAAGGUCAACAACAACCAUCAAACAAAAUGAGCGCACCAGAAACCCCAGAUAUCCAUAAGCAUUGGAAUAAAGAUUUAUCUCCAGAAGCUUUACACAUUUUAAGAGACAAAGGUACUGAAGCACCAAACACUGGUGCCUAUUUGCACAACAAGAGAGAUGGUAUCUAUACGUGUGGUAAUUGUAUGGCUCCAAUUUACGAUAGUAAUACAAAAUUUGAUUCUGGGUGUGGUUGGCCAGCAUUCUAUAAAGAAAUUCCAGGCGCAUUAAAGCACAUAACCGACUUGAGUCACGGUAUGAAGAGAGUUGAAAUUACUUGUGCAAAGUGUGGGGGUCAUAUGGGUCACGUCUUCGAAGGUGAAGGUUUUGAUAAACUAUUAGGUAACCCAACAGAUGAAAGACAUUGCGUUAACAGUGCUUCUUUGAAAUUCAAGCCAAGAGAUAAAUAA